CAUUCUUUCAGAAGUGUUUCAACAAAUUUAAAUUGACAGCAUGAGUUAAUAGUACCCAGCAUUGUUGAAGUUUGUUACUGAUCGCACAGUAACUAUUCUAAAACUAGAUUUACUAUUCUAGGUACUCACGGCCUAAGAUGCUGCAAUAACAAAGAGUUGUCUUGCUCAGUAGUAUGCCUUAAUUAGGUAGAGAUUUCAGCAGAAGAGGCAAUUUCUUCAGUGACUGGCAGCUACAGUGGGCUGAAGUUACAAAACCACAAAUGCUGAGUGGUGGCAGUGUGAGAGCUCUUUAAUGUUAUUUCUUAUGCCAAAGGCUUGAAUGUCAAGACCUUUGGAUGUUUGGGCCGUGCCUGUAACUUCUUUGGUUUCCAAAAUACUCUUGUGGUCAAAAAAGCCUAGCAGCAACUUGGACAAUUUUUGGAAGGGAGCCAGGGACUCUUUCUGACUGUUGUUUUUGGAAAGAAAAUGGAAAAUUUCAUCAUAAGGUAAGGUAGAACUGAAUAAAAGGAGAGGAUGGGAGAUAGGGAGUGAAGUGAUUGAGUGAAUUCCAGAAAACUGCAGAAAUGGCAAAAGUUAGGUGAUGUGCAAAGGGGAGGGAAGUUGUGAAGAGGAUAGAAAAGAUUGUCUGGUAGACUUUGUUGUAAGCUGUGAUAAUUUUAAUUUGGAAAAGCCUCUUUGUUUUCUAGAGAGAAGAAAAUGGAUAAUUCAGGAUUACCAUCAAUUUUGGAAUUGACAAAUUCCCUUUCAAGUCUAAAAAUGUGAUUAGUGCAGUAUGUCCUAAUUAUGUUCUACUGUGAUUUGGUAAAAAAACCCUCCUUUUUAUUUAGCUUGUAUAAACAAUUCAGAAUUUUUGGCUUUCAAAUUGAAAUCUUCCUUUCCUAGGAUCAUACCAAAUCCCCCAAACAAAACAUAAACUGUAAUUCAUAAAGAUUUGAAGGUCUUUUGGAGUGUUAAGUAAGACAUGACGUGCCUUGAGUUUCUACAAUUGGCAAGUUAUUUGCUCUUGCAGUUAUGGACCACUGUACGCUAUCUUUCUGUUUUGUUUUGAUCUUUUACGGGAAUAAAAAGUUUGUUUUAAGACAUUGGGAAAUGUUUCAUGGUCAACACUGCGGUGUGGACUACAUUUUGGGCUGUCUUCUGCAUGGCUGCCAAUAUUGCUGGGAAACUGCAACUUACACUCCAAAGAAACUGAAACUUCAUCUUUAAAAAGUGCAGUGCUGUGAAAACUGUUACUGACCAUAGAAAAAUGGACAUGUUGCAGAUACUCCGUAAAACCACAGAACGCUUGGAGUGUGACCACUGCAGCUUCAGAGGAACGGACUAUGAAAACAUACAAAUUCAUAUGGGUACCGUUCACCCAGAGUAUUGCGAUGAAAUGGAUGCUGCUGGUUUGGGUAAACUUAUAUUUUAUCAAAAAAGUGCAAAACUGUUUCACUGCCACAAAUGCUUCUUUACCAGCAAGAUGUAUUGCAAUGUGUAUUACCACAUCAAAGCACAGCAUGCAGCACCUGAGAAGUGGAAUGAGGAGCGGAAGGAACAACGGGUAGAAGGAGAUUCAGAUUCAUCUAAAAAAAGUGUCACGUUGGAGCCACAGAAACCUUCCCUUUCCCCUGAGUCGCACAAACCCGCCCUUUCUCCUGAACUCCCCAAAUCUGAACCUGUUGUUUCCCCCAAGCUUCAGAAAUCUUCUGCAUCUCCAGAGCCCCAGAUACCUGCUCAGGUGACUUCCUCAGAGGCAGAGAAGUCAGCCCAGACUGUAUCCCCAGAUCCAGAAAAGUCAGCCCAGGCUACAUCUCCAGAUCCAGAGAAGUUAGUCUCUGCUGUGUCCCCUGAUCCACAGAAGCCAUCCCCGCCUGUGUCUCCUGAUCAACUGAAGCCAUCUCCUGCUGUGUCCCCUGACCCACAGAAGCCAUCUCCUGCUGUGUCCCCCGACCCACAGAAGCCAGCCCCAGCUGUGUCUCCAGAGCCCCGGCGACAUUCCCCAGCUGUGUCUCCAGAGCCCCGGCGGCAUUCCCCAGCAAUGUCUCCGGAACCCCGUCGGCAUUCCCCUGCUGUAUCACCAGAGCCCCGGCGCCAUUCUCCUGCUGUGUCUCCAGAACCUCGCAGAUACUCCCCAGCUGUGUCACCAGAGCCAAAGAAACCUACUCCAGCAGCAUCCCCUGAACCACGGAGAUAUGCCCCAGCUGGGUCUCCUGAGCCACGGAGGCAUCCCUCCCAGAUGCGAAGGCCUGCUUCUGCUUCUCCUCCCGAAACCCGGAGGCCUGCUUCUGCAGUCUCACCAGAGUCAUGGAGACCCGGUCCGACUGUUUCCCCUGAGCCCUGGAGGUCUCACGAGGUGCAGAAGUCUUCGACAGUUUCUCCCUGGGCUCCAAAGCCUGCCAUGUCAGUGUCUGUAGAAUCCCGGAGGUCUGCCCCUGAGUCCCGAAGGCCUGGCCCUGUUGUGUUGCCAGAACCUAGGAGGCUUGUUUCUGACUCGUGUAAGUCUACAUCCUUUUCUGAGUCCCAGAAGUCUACUCUUGUUUCUUCUGAGCCAUGGAAACCCAUCUCAUCUGUUUACCCUGAAGGCUGGAAACCUGUUCUGUCUCCUGACACAUGGAAGCAUUCUCCCCCAGUUUCUCCUGAGCUUCGAAAGUCUAGUCACACUGUUGCCUCUGACCCUUGGAAACCACCUUUCUUUCCUGAGGUCCGUAAGCCUGGUGUUUCAGUAUCUCCUGAAUCUUGGAAACUCUCUGAGUCACGGAAAUCUAUGUAUUUUUCUGAAACUCAGAAAUCCACCUCUGCUGCUUCAUCUGAGAUUCAGAAACGGGCUCUUUUCCCUGAACCUCGGAAAAGAGUGCUGUUCCCAGAGUCUCGUAAAUCUAAUCCUACUGCUUCUACUGAUAUCCAGAAACGUGCCGUCUUUUCUGAGCCCCAGAAUCAAAUAUCUACUUCUGCUGUUUCUACUGAAGGUCAAAAACAAGCCCUGUGUUCUGAAACCCAGAAAUCAGCUCUUGUUUCUUCUGAAGUCCAGAAGCAUGCCCUAUUUUCUGAAGCCCAGAAACUUGCUCCCAUUUCCUCUGAAGUUCAGGAGUCUACUUCCUUUCCAGAGUCUCAGAAAUCCACAUCUCCUGAAAUUCAGAAACAUGGCCUCUUUACUGAGUCCCAGAAACCUACUCCUGUUUCUCCUGAGACACCCAAACAAGUUGUCUUUACCGACUCCCAGAAAUCUGCUAUUUCCCCUGAUGUUCAAAAGCAUGCUGUAUUUUCUGAGAUGCAGAAGCCUGCUGCUUUAUCCUCUGAUGUCCAGAGACAUGCUGAAACUACUGUACCUUCUGAAAUCCAGAAGAAUAUCCUGUUUUCCGAGCCUCACAAGUCUGCUUCAGGCUUUUUCUCUGAGCCCCAAACACCUAGUGAGUCUGGUGAGAGUGACUUUCUCUCUCACACUUUAGAUGAUCAGAAACCACUGGAUGAUUUAUUCUCACAGGAUGAACAAUCGUUAUUAGCCAAAGAAUCACCAGAAGACUUGCUAUAUUCAUGCCCGAAAAAGAAGCCCAAGAAGGAAAACCAGGAGAACUCGGAUUCUGAACUAAAUAUCAGUGAGUGUGGGAAAACAGAGAUGGACUCAAUGGAGAUAAAGGAACAAGAAUCCAACAGUGACCAAGAGCAGUAUGACAUGGAGUCAUCUGAUUAUGGCAAAGAGAGCAAAAUGGAUGCAACUACUCCCACGCAGCCACAGUGUGUGCUGCAGUUUACUGAAGAGAAAGAGGCUUUCAUCUCUGAGGAAGAAAUAGCAAAAUACAUGAAGCGUGGCAAGGGAAAAUAUUACUGCAAAAUUUGUUGCUGUCGUGCAAUGAAAAAAGGUGCUGUCUUGCACCAUUUAGUUAACAAGCAUAAUGUUCAAAGCCCAUACAAGUGUAAAAUAUGUGGCAAAGCUUUUCUCUUGGAGUCUCUUCUUAAAAACCACGUUGCUGCUCAUGGUCAAAGUUUGUUGAAGUGCCCCCGUUGUAAUUUUGAAUCAAAUUUUCCUCGAGGCUUUAAGAAACAUUUAACCCAUUGCCAAAGCCGUCAUAGUGAUGAUGCACCUAAAAAACACUUGGACAACCUUGAACCACUUGAAGAACAAAUUUAAUCUUUUUUUCUCCUUGUGGUAGAAAAGCUAAAUUUACAGAAGUGUUCAAAGUGUUACUGUAUGUUAACCGAGUAGUUUAGCUGAUCUGACAAGUCAGAAGAUGCAUGGUUUAUUGUGCUAUGUUUACCUUGUCUUUUAUAGCUGUAUUACUGAAGAGAUUUACUUUUGAAAGUCAUUUUAAAUACGUGUUCAUGUCUUUUUAUUACCCAUCAGUAGAGUCAUAUUUUAUUUUUCAGAUGUACUAUGUUUUUGAAACCAAAAUGGAUACAAAAUAGUUUUGUAAAGAUUUGUAAAACGUAUAGGCAAUUAAGGACUGGAGUGGCAAGCAAUCCAUAUUUUCCUGUGAAAACAACUUGUUUUUUCACAUUUGUUAAAUGUUGUAUUUUUCAAAAUGUUUUUAUCAAGUUCUCAAAUCUAAAAUUCUCACUAAAUUGAAUGUGAAUGAGCCAGGUAUGAGAAACUACCAAUGGCCUGGAAUAAUGAUGCCCUGACGUUGUCAUUGAGUGUAUAGUCAAUUGUUGGAAAUUCAUUGCACUCAAUUCUUCGACUUACUUUUCUCAGAUUUAGAAGCAUCAAGGUACCUAUUUCGUGAUUCUGUGUUUUGGCCAUGUUUUAAGCAUGUACUAAUAUACAUUAAAUUGAUAGAUUAACAUCGGACUAUGUAUAGCUCAACACUUUCUCUUGAUGAUUCAGAUGUUUGUCAGACAACCCCUAAUUUUCUUGUAUUUGGUGAAAUGUUAUGCUUUAAUGUUUUAACAAUAAAAAGAAACCCAACCUGGUGUU